CAGAUAAUACCAAUAUUGGCUAUCCUGCGUUAUUAAAUGUUCUCUUGUUUUGCAUGUCAAAGUGAGGCGGAGAAGGGUUUUUAUAGUUCACGAUCUGUGGCUUUAAACUAUACGUCGUGGAAUACAGGAAUCAUAAUUAACGGUGUAGUGCACGAAAAUCUGUAGUCAUGCAAUUCGCCCAGAACUAUUCAGACGUUGAGAAGCCACGUCCGUCGGUGUUAGAUCACUUUGUGCCUGGACUUAUUGGUAAUGAUGGUUCUGCAGGCUGGCUUCAAGUUCCACCAUCACAAAUGCCUUGGGGAAUUCCUAUGGCUGAUCAACCCACCAUUGUGAGAUUUACAGCUGAAUCUUCCCCCAGUAUGAAGUCAUCAGAGCCAUGUAUUUAUGGUUUCUCCCAAGCUAAGAGGAAGUUUGACUCAGAGGAUAUACCGUUGCCAGUGAAGCAGCAUAUCACAGAAGAAAAGAUGGCAGCACAUUUGAGUCAGCUACACAUCAGCUCAGAUUAUACAGCGCACCAGCCUGAACCAAGAGAGGAUGAGCAGCAGCACAUGAAACGCCUUGUACUAUGUGAUGAGCUCAGAAAGUUGAAGCAGGAACCUAUACUCCCUCCAGCUUUGCUUUCCAGACUGGAGAAACGAAGCAUGGCUCUGGUGCUGUGGCAGCCUCCUGCUAGGAGUAGCAACCCAGCACUUAGUAGAGGAAGAAUUCAGUCCGAGGAAGACAACAAUAACACAAGUGCAGUGGACCUCAACUCCAUUUCUACAUCGGGGUUCACUGCUUCAGAAGACUCUAUGAUGGAAUUGUGAGUGGCUGUAGUUGUGUGUGAUGUGUUGACAGAGAGAAAGUGUGUGUGUUUAAUUUAUCCGUGCUGGAAAAGAUGCGAUGUAGUUACUGUGGCAGUGACGUCUGUAGUAAUAGAAGUAGUAGGGGAUUUUUUUUUUUGCAUUCAGCUCGAACACAGUUCAUUAAGAUGUACCAAUAUUUUUAAUCGUUAAGUUAAGGAUGAUGACACAGAAUUUAGGCCGUCAUAGGUCCAGUUGUUUUUAUUCUCAUUAUGAAACUCAUAUUUUACCCACACAAUUUUAUUAUUCCAUUAAAUUAAAUUUGCUUAUCAGGACUUAACUAUGACCUCUCUGAAAGUUGAAACUCCGGAGAAUUUUUUUUUUUUUUUUGCCAAAAUGAAAUAUUAUUGUAUUGACUUGAUUAUGGUGAAAAAUAAAAUGAGCGAUAAAUUGAAGUUGCAGAAGAUAGUUGAAGUGUUCAUUUCUACUUUCAUAUUCUGAAUCAUAAGAAUGUGUGUAAGUGAGAUAAUGCAGUUUCCGGGACUUGUCCCGGCCUAACUUAUGUGUCAGUGCUUAUUUUGUAUAACUUAAGAAUGUAGCAAAGAUAUAUUGUGACAAUACAGGUUGUGUUUAUUUUGUGUUUUUUGAUGUA